AUGGCUUCUAUUGUGUCUUCCAAUUCUGCCCCUACGUCCUCCACUACUGUCUAUCUUCGCCGCGAUCAUAGUGCCACCGGCAAAUUUCGUCGUCCACCCACUGUGCGCAGUCUCGUUCUCUCCGAAAUGUUCCUCCCAUUGGAGAACACCUCUCCCCUCUCCAUUGGGCGCUCACGCUCCGCCUGUCGCUCCUGUCUUUUCUUGGAGCCCUCCACUGACGACCAGAUCCCUCCUCUUCCUCCCACUGCCUCUCAUAAUCGAAAGGCAAAUACCACCUCAUCUCUCCAGCGCUCUGACUCCUUUCUCUCUAAGUUGCAGUCCCUCUUUUUCAUUAAACGAUCUGGUACAUCUCAUACCAAGCCUGAGAAGAUUCCAACAGCUCCAAAAAUUCAGCCUCCUCUCGUAAAUUAUGCCUCUUUCACUUCGCACUUCCGUGGACGUUCCCAGUCCUCUGCAUCGCGCAAUUACCACCGCUUCAAAAAGAACGCCUCAGCGCAGGCUUCGCCUGCUCGCAGUGUGGAAAAAGAGCCCCUGGUUUACUCGACACCUCCGAAGUUAACUUCUACAAACACAUCCCUCACCAGUUUUACUCCAUCGCCUGCUCCGCCCCAGCGCCCAAAUAACCUUCCCUGCGUGCAGCGCCGUCAGCGCAAUCCUGCUGUAUCGCCCGUUUUGGCUAUCCAAAACAAGCACUUUUCUGCUCACCUACCCGGAGAAGUUCUACAUGCUCCCUUACCAAGCCAAUCAUCCUCAGGUGAGUUGGUGUGCCGCAGAUUCUACUCUCUAAUAGUGCGUUUUUCGUCUCUUACUGGGCGCGGUGUCUGA